UAAUUCGUCGCUAAUUCUAAUGAAUGAUUAAAAUUUUAAAAUUGCCGCCAAAUGUUCGAUGAAGUAAUGUUUGAUGUAUCGAAAGUAUCGUAUAAUAGAGAAGUACAAUAAUUGCAACCAUCAUAUAUCGUAAAAUUUGAAACUCGUUUAACCGUUCAAGUAGUAUGUAUUACCAUGGAUAGUGCAACUAAUUAUCCAUCUUGUAUAAAAAUUCCAUCAACAAGUUCAAAACACAAUAUGAUAAAUACAUAUGCACAAAAAUUAAAUUUAAAAGAAACUUUAGUUCUUAAUAAUGAUUUAAUAUUAUUAGCAAAUCAAAUACUUGGUGAAGGAAAAUGGAGUCAUACCAUUACUAAUCAAACAAUAGAUUUUAUUGAAUCUUUUAUGGGUAAAUAUGUUUGUGGAUGUGUGACAUUUUUGAAGAUCCAGUUACAGGAUGGAACAUUUCACGAAGAUAUGGGAUAUUGUUAUACAGAGGAAGCUAUGAAAGGUUUAUCUAUACAUUGUGCAAGGAUUGGUUCUCUUACAGAUGCCUUUAAAAAAGUAUUAUCAUGUUUUGGUAAAGUAGUAAACAAUGAGAUACAAAUGUUACCAAAAAAGUUACCAAAUUCAUAUAUGCCUAACAAUCAAAAGGAAGAUUUGCAAUAUUCUUCAUUUAAUGCACUAGAACCAUGUGCUCAAUCAACUCCACUUUUAUGUUACAAAAAUGACGAAGAAAAGCAAAAGACAGACAAUCUAUUGAAACAGAAAGUCCCAAAUACAAUAAAGGAGGAAAUAUUUGUACAGCCUAAGUCAAAGAGUCCUGUUGCACAAAAGGAACAGCUUCUUCUACCACUUAAAACUUCAAGUGAUGUGAAAAAUCACUUACAACCAAAUGUUAUGAGUCACCAUAAAGAACAAAAUAUUGUUCAAAUAGAACAAGAUUCAAAAUCAGUGUCUGAAGAAGAACUUUUACGAAUUGAACGGAAACGAAAACAAAUGGAAAAACAAGCAGAAUAUAAGAGACUAAUGAAGGAAAGAGAACAGCAGAAAGCUAACGAAAAUAAAAAGAUCAAUCCAAAAUACUGAUCAACGAAGUUGAACAAUUUAUAUAUGUAUAUGUUGUAUAGAAAUUGAAAUAUAUUUUAACCCAAGGUCGAUAUAUUUUUCAAAAUGUGUAUAUGUGUAUUUUUUACCAUACAAUAUAUGUUACGUAGUAUAUUUAUAUAGAAACAAAUAAUUCAUGAAAAAUUGGAAAAAAUAAUUUUAUUGAAGGUUAGAAACUUUAUGAUUAG